UUGCUGCAUCAUUUGAAAUUAAUAAUAAAAAAGAAAACAACUACUAUAACACCGAAAGGCAAAGGAAUCGGAAAAAAGAGCAAAAAGAGUAUUGGUAAAGAAAAUAAAAGACUAUCCCCUCACGAUGAUAAAGAAGAUACCUAUGAUGAUUUUAAAUUUCUCGGAUAUCGAAAACAGAAGAAACAUGAAAUGUCUUCCACAAGUUCAACUACUAGUGUAUCUGGAACAAUUAGUUCUCAUAGCGAUUCCGACAUAAUAAAUGCUGUAUCUGAUUAUGAAAGUAACGAUGAAUACCAUAGCUUUUUAGGAGACACAAAGUUAUCAGACUAUAUUAAUCUAGGACAGACAAAGGAGAAAAUUUUAAUACAAGACGAAGAGACCAAAAAUAUAAAUAAAUCAAAUAUUAUAAGUAAUAAUAAUGAUACGGAGCACGAAUACGAACAGACUGAGGAGACCUUACUCCAAAACGAAGAGACUGAAAACAUAAGUAAAAUAGAAUUUAUAAGUAAUGAGAAUAGUUAUAUGGAGCAGGAAUAUGAAAGCUAUUCUGUGAAUGACCAUGUUUUGGUAAAAUAUUAUAUUAAAAAAAAGUGGACAUAUUAUGUUGGCGUCAUAGAUGCGGUCUACGCCGACGAACAAACGAAUGAACCGUACUUUUCAAUAAAAUUUUACACAACAGUAAAGACACCGAAACUUACAUUUAAGAUGAUGAGCGCAGGACCUAAAGACCAUUGGAAUUAA